AUGAGGACCGAGUCAUUGAGAGCUACACCACAGGUUCUACCAACAGUGUCUCAACGCCCGGAAAUCACAGAGCUUCUUGGAAUUGGAUACCGACGUAUACCGAUUCUCGCCAUUGGCAACGACAUCUAUUGCGAUAGCAGGCAAGAGUUCCUGAAUCGUAACGCAGAUUCCCUCCGUCUGAAGGUUACGAUACAAUAUUUCCACCCGACAAACAUGGCGGGAGCAGAAAUACUGGCCUAUCUAAAGCGUUUGCAAGGCAUUAUGGAGACGUAG